AUGUUCAAAGAGGCUUUCGGCUGUGGAAGUGCGCUGUCGGCGUUGGCGCGGAAAAUGGUUUUGAUUUUGGAAUCCACCGAGAAAUUCCCUCAAUAUCUCUACGAUGCACCCGGCGGAUCGGCGUUUGGAUUGCAGUUGUUGAGUCGCAGAUUUAGACUGAAAUUGGAGUUGGCUGGGAGUGACACCGAGGCUCAGAAACACCUAUUGAAUAGAACGAAUCGUUUCUUCAAAAGCGAACCGCUGACCACAAUUGGGCAACUCAAGAAUUUCUUGCUGAAAAUGGUCGCAAAACAAUGGUAUGAUCGCGAAAGGGAAACGUUUAAUUUCGUGAAACAAAUCCAAAAGGAAAAAGAGCUUUCGUUCACGUACACAAGCGAUUUUGAUGAUCAGGGAAUUGUCUAUUGGUUGGGAACGAAUGGGAGAACGAACUCGGAAUGGAACAAUCCUGCAUCGAUUUCCAUUGUUAAGGUUUCAUGCUCCGACGCGCCAAGACAACCAUUCGGUCGACCUGAAGACAUUUUGAGUCGAGAAAUUCAGCCACUCAAUUGCCAUUCGAGUGAUGAUAAAAAUGGAAACUUCACCGUGGAUCUCGGUUGCCUCGUUGCCCCAACCGCUUACACCCUUCGCCACGCACGCGGAUAUGGAAGAAGCGCUUUGAGAAAUUGGCUUUUCCAGGGUUCUCGUGACAAUCACGUGUGGGAACUUCUCGUCGCUCACUCUGACGAUACAUCCCUUGGUGACCCGGGAUCAACAGCUACUUGGCCUAUCGAGCCGGGAAAGGGUCCCUACCGAUAUUUCCGAGUCUCACAAAAUGGGAAGAACUCCUCCGGGCAAACCUACUACCUCUCGCUGUCUGGAUUCGAAAUCUAUGGAAAAGUCACCGAUGUAAUCAUAGAAGGAUUUAAAGUUGAAGAAAAGGAAAAGAAAACUCCUCCAUCGAAAGCGCCCGCAAAAAUGACGCCGGCUAGGGGAUCGAAGAAAGGCGAUGAGUAUGCGCACAAGCACUCGGCUCGUCUUCUCCGAAACAUGCCCGGUGACACGAGUGAAUUGGUGGGAAUGGUGGUGAGGAGAGGACCCGAUUGGCAAUGGGAUGAACAAGAUGGAAGAAUGAAUGGCCGAGUGAUCACGUACACUAAAACCUGGUAUGUAAAAAGGGUUGCCGUUUCUUGU